AAAUACGAAGCAGGAAUCCAACAAGAGCGCACAUUUUUACGCGUAUCCAAAUAAGAGCAGAGAAGGGGAAGGAGAUCACCUCAUCUAUGUUCAAGGAGGGAAGAAGCAUGUCACGGCUGUCUCUGACCCGGUCCCCGGUCUCUCCUCUGGCCGCUCAGGGGAUCCCUCUGCCGGCUCAGCUGACCAAGGCAAACGCCCCGGUGCACAUCGAUGUCGGGGGACACAUGUACACCAGCAGUCUGGCGACCCUCACCAAGUACCCAGACUCCAGAAUCAGUCGUCUGUUCAAUGGCACCGAGCCCAUCGUGUUGGACAGCUUGAAGCAGCACUACUUCAUAGAUCGGGACGGCGAGAUAUUCCGCUACAUUCUCAGUUUCCUCAGGACCAGCAAAUUGCUCCUUCCAGAUGACUUCAAGGACUUCCACUUGCUGUAUGAGGAGGCGCGCUAUUACCAACUGACACCCAUGAUCAAAGAGCUGGAGCGCUGGAAGCAGGAGCGCGAACAACGACGAAUGGCGCAGCCCUGCGACUGCCUGGUGGUUCGUGUCACCCCCGACCUGGGCGAGAGGAUCGCCCUGAGUGGGGAGAAGGUCCUCAUCGAGGAGAUCUUCCCUGAGACUGGAGACGUUAUGUGUAACUCCGUCAACGCUGGCUGGAACCAGGACCCAACGCAUGUCAUCCGCUUCCCCCUCAAUGGCUACUGCAGGCUCAACUCCGUCCAGGUUCUGGAGCGUCUUUUCCAGAAAGGUUUCAGCGUGGCAGCGUCAUGCGGAGGCGGCGUGGACUCAUCUCAGUUCAGCGAGUACGUGUUGUGUCGCGAGGACCGGCGGAGUCUGUCCAUCAACACGCCCAUCAGGAUAAAACAGGAACCCCUGGACUAGAGCAUUCUGGGAGAGGGACUGCCAACACCCCAAUACUCCUUCCAUCUUCUCACACCACCCUGCCCUGCCUACCCCUGCCCCUUCCCUGUCCUAACAGGACCACAACCACCCCCAGCGUACCUAAGUAUUAGCAGAGGCUUGUUAACCUCGCCAGCCCUGCAGAACUCGAAGGGGAAUGUAGUACCAAACAAAGUGGAAAAAAGCAUCAGCAACAAAAGUUUUUGAUUAUGUUAAAUAACGCCCAAAGAAUCUGGGACUGUGAUGAAAACAGCAACAACUACAAAUGGACUCAACAGCAGCACACUUGAACUAUUUUAGCACCAUGACUGGUUGAUUUUUCCCUCAUCUUCUUAUAAAAAAAAAAGGGUUCCUGACCCUUUUGGAGGGACACAACUGCACCCCUCUUUGAACCCCGAUCCACCAAGCCCCUCAACACACACACACACACACACACACACACACACACACACACACACACACACACACACACACACACACACACACGCACACACUACCCCUCUAACCCUCCUUCAGCAGUGUGUCAUCCAAUUCUGUGUCUGUAUGAGGUCCCUGUCUUGUCUGAUUGAUGACAAGCCUGGCCUGCUGUGGGACAACAAAGCUUUGGCAGACAGGAUGCUUUUAAGGAUGACAGGAAGAAGAUAUAAUCUAAUUUUAUGAAUCCCUCAGAAAUUCUCCGAGACCCCACGAACCUCCAACCCCAUCCCACCUCAUCCCCACAGGCCUAGCUACAGACGCCAGGCCCUCGCUGAAAACAGCAUCGUUUGCCAAACUGAUUGUUUAUUAAAAUUUUUCAUUGUUGUUUCUAAAGUAUGUUCUUCUUGCUCUUUUUGCUGUUCUUGUCAUGACAUGGUGUAAACAAUUAUUAUUAAUAGGAUUAUUUUUAAUGUCUCUUUUUUCCUUUCUCCAAUAUGAAGGAUGUAUGAACAUUGUAUUCAUUAGGCUUUGAGAGCUUGUGAGGGAGCAUUUCUUGGCAGUAGCUGCAGAAACUCAGAUGUCUCCAGGCUAUGUGGCUAAAGCGAUCUGGCUGGCAAUGCAUUCAGAGCCGGAAAAAGUCCCAUUGUUCAAAUGGGGAUGGAAGAGAACCUGGAUGUUUCGACAUUGUUUAUAGUCAAAUGUGCAGCAUGCAUAAAAAAGUGCUCUGGAAUUUGUGCUUAAUAGCUCUAAAACAUAUCUCGGGUCUGUGAUCAGAUUCUCUCACACGAGCACGAACAUUUGUUGGUAUUUAGCGGAAACUUGAGAAAAUUUAAAAUUCAGGUCGAAGUUGCACAAGUUCUAAGUGUAUUGCAGUUCUGUCUGUUGGGUUAGAAUGUUAAAGACUUGAGGACCAACGUGGAAAGCUGACGUUUACCAGUAUGUCUCGUGAUCAGCAAGAGAUGUACUCUAAAUGCUUAUUGUUUCUUUGCACUUAAACAUUUCCUAGAGAGCUGUCCUGCCCUGUUCCCUUAAAACACUUGUCUGAUCCCAGUGACCAGUGCCCAAGCCACGCUGUUUAUCUUCUCAUGUUUUUAGCAGAGUAGGACACUAAAACGUUUAAAAACAGGCAAAACUUCCAAUAGAACAAAUACUCUAGGUACCAAAGUAGACAAGGUGCCUAUUUUAUUGAUUGUACGAACACGAAGACGUCAUCUGUCUUUACAGUUUAUAGCUAAAGAAGACACGAUGCAUUAUUCAGAACUGUAUGAAGGGUACCAAGAUUUGUUCCUCUAGGCCUCCAAUCUUGACAGUUUUGUUGAGAAUAGCUCACAGUACCUUCAGACCAAGUUUAAGAGACGAAGUCUCUGUCUCAAUAUUGUCACUUCUAAGCCAAGAUUAUUUCAGAUGCUCUUCACAUGUAUGUAUACCAGAACCCAAAGUGAACUGUACUCCUAGCAUCUGCGUGUUAUUCACAAAGAGCCGAGUGGGCGGCAUUUACUCUAUCCUGCUCUCUUUCUUUUUGUCUUAUUCUCAACAUUUCUGGAUCAAAGACAGAAACAAGAAAGGCCAAGUGUUCAUGCUUUAUAUUUGUGUGUAACUUACAGAUGCUGUUUCUUCCAUUCCAAAAGACUGAGAAAAAACAGAAGCUCAUUCUGAUCUUUGUGGGUGCUGGCAGUUGUUUGAGUUAAACUGGGGUUGUUUUUAUAAACUAGUUGUUCAUUAAAAUGGGCAGUAGUUCUUCUGACCAUGUUGUCCUAACAUCUGCUCUCUCUGGAUGGCCGCUGAUUAAACAAGGCCAAUGAGCGGAUAAAGAUGAGCUCAGUGUAAGUGUAGCUCCCAGUCCUGCGCAGUCCCCCCUGGGGGUCUCUCUCACAAUCAAGCCCAUCUUUGUUCUGACCUGCCAGUGGCCUGCGCCUUUGCAUACAGUCGCCUCAAAGGGAAUGGUCAACCAGGCCUUUCAUGUGCCGAGGCAUGUUGGGCUUUUCACAGCGCUCCUCACCCCCCUCCGCCUCCCCGAAGGCUCCCAGCUCAGUGGUGCCAGUAGAAACUCGGGUUGCACCCCCUGCUGCUGUGUCAUCCCCAUGCCCUGGUUUUCAAAACGCCCUCCUACGCUGUGGCUCGCUGGACCGUACCGCAACAAACCAAACAAACUGAUGAGUCAAACCUGAGCAUACUCAGAACAUACUGUACAACCAAGCGAAUUGGCUCUGCUGCUGAGCCCGAGAUCUUUCAUCCAGUUGGUAUGAAGUUUAGGAACUAAUCUGGAUUAGAUGAGGAAACAGGGGUAAAAACGAUCCAUGCUUUACUAAAACCUCACAUCUGCAAGAAUUAAUUUUUUCAGGGAGGAGGGAACAAAGUCAUAUUUUCUUACUGAUGUGGCAUUUUGAAAUUACAGAAUGGGCUUUUAGCUUUCGAGAGCUAAGGGGUCAUGCAUUUAUGAAUAAAGUGACCGUUCAAACCUACACAUGAAGUGAAAAAAAAAGGAACAAAGAUUGCAGGUAUGGUUUUUCUGUUUGCAAUAACCAAACCGGAGAUGUCCCUUUCGACUCAGCCUAGAUAUGGAACCUUCCUAAACAUGUUCACACAUGCCGCCCUUUUCAGAUGUACUGUUCAGUGUUCAGCCAGUUCACAUGGCAUUCACUCCACCUCUGAGGCAGGUCAGCUGUACAGUAAUUGUAUAUUGAAUUAUCAGGACUCUGGGUUUUACGGGACCCUCGUGUUUUUAAGAGACCUCUUAGUCCUCUUCAUGAAAAGAAUGAAAAGAAUUCAAAGCAUUACAUUGUGUACAUAUGGAUUAAAACAUUUCAAAGGGUAUAAUAAGGUGCAAAUGUAUAUUAUUUAAAGUGUUUAAAACAAUUAGACUGUGGUAUUAAAGGGC